AUGGAAUAUACAUUAUUUUUAAAGAUUUUUAAUAAUCAGGUUCUAAGAUAUAAUAUAUUUAAUAAGGUUUCAGAGAUUCAUUUAGCACUUGGUUUAAAGACAUGUGAGUGGAUUCGUUUGGCAAAUAAUCCGCAGUUAUUAAUUAAAUACAAUUAUGUGGAUUGCGUUAAAGAGUACUUUGUUAAAUAUCUUACACCUAAUUGUAGUUCUCAUAUCACUCGACUGAUAGGAUUCUCUAUUUCAAUAUCGAUUGAAUGGGGUCGUUUCAAAGUACUAGAGAUGUUUGUAAAGGAUCUUCGGCUGAAACUAUCGAAUUACAUUCGACACUCAUUGAUGUUUUAUAGAGCCGCCUACAGUAGAAAGCUAGAGAAUUUGGUGGCGCUCGAAAGAUUUCUCAUUGAACAUGAUGAUAUCGAUAAUAUAACACCAAAGAUCUAUGUAGAGGGUUUAGAGGUGGCCGCAGAUCGUGGUACUCUGGACAUGGUCGUUUGGCUUUCAAAUAAGGUCGGUGUUAUCAGUCCCGAUGAGAUGACUGUUUCGCCUAUCGAGCUUGCAGCAAAGAAUGGUAAUCUCUCGAUGUUGCAAUGGUUGAUUGUAAACCGACCUAAAGACAGUUAUCAUCAGGUUGUUCACCUAGCUCUGGAGAAUGGUCAUGUAAAGCUGCUCGAUUGGCUUGUAGAGAAUGAACAUAUCGAUCCUACCAACAUUACAGUGAAUAUUGAUAUCUUAGCAGAUAGUGGAUUUCUGAAUUCAAUCAUCUGGGCACACAAGAAACAUUGUAGGAUAACAUGUACUCACAAUGCAAUGAACUUAUCGGCGUCACAUGGUUACCUACACAUUAUCAAAUGGCUCGAUCAACAUCGUACAGAAGGUUGUAAUCAAUUUGCUAUGAACAUUGCUGCUGAGAAUGGCCACUUUGAUGUUUUCAAAUGGUUCCACGAGAAUAGAACUGAAGGAUGUACAAAUAAAGCAAUGGACUUUGUUAGAGCGAAUGUUCCAAAGAUCUCCAUUGAGAAAUACAAUGAAAUGGUUGUUUGGAUGCAUAGAAAUAGAAGUGAAGGUUGUACAACUAGAGCUCUAGACAAUGCCUCUUGUUUCUCAUUGGAGCUGGUAAAGUUUCUUUAUUACAAUCGAACCGAAGGAUAUUCAAAGAAUGCAUUUUACAACGCUGCUCUCAAUGGACGUUUGGAUAUAUUUAAAUUUCUAGAGGAGAAUAGAACAGAAGAUAUUCCAACCAAUGUUAUUAUAGCGGAUGUCUGUAGAGCAUCGGUGAAUAACGAUUGUUUGGAUAUGAUAAAGUACCUAAAUGACCAAUAUCCAGAGGAAUCUUCUUGGAGUACUGCUAUUGAUACUGCUGCCUCCAAUGGAAAUUUGGCAAUAGUGAAAUACCUCUGUGAGAAUAGAUCGGAUCGAUGUAGUGAAAUCGCGCUAAUUGGUGCAAUCAAGAAGAGGAGACCAGAUAUUAUCGAAUAUUUACUAAGUAAUAAAUUGGUUAUAUGGACAAGUAAAUCUAUACUUGAAGCAGUUGGACAAUUUUAUUAUUCAUUAGCAGAUCAUCUUUUGCAACAAUAUCCAGAACCAUUUGAAAUUAACAAAGCAAUGAAUUUGGCAGAGGAGAUCUAUGAAUUUUCAAUCGAUAAUAUUAGAAAUUAUUUUAAACAAAGAAAUUUAUUAAAUAUAAAUUAA